AUGAUUGAUGAAGAUAUUGCUAUUGCACAGAAGAAGAAUGAAAAGUGGCACGCCAAUAUUGAAAAAUUGAUGAAGGAGAGCAAUAUCGAUGAACUACGGUUUUUAAACCCAUUGAAUGACAAUAAACCUGAAUCAAGUUUACCACCAAGUCUCACGCGACGCAAGAAUGAAUUCCGGUCAAAACUUGAAUCAAUAUACAAAAUGGAGCCACCAAAGCAACUGGAUUUGGAAGAAAAAAUAGCAGAUUUUGCCAGGACGAAUCAAAGCAAUGAUAAAACCACACUGUUUCCUAAAGAGACCAGCAAGAAGGAGCUGGUUGAAGACGAAGACAAGAAACUAAGGAGUGAGGUCGAAAGGUUGAGGAAAGUUGUUGAUUGUUUGAAACAAACUGUUGAUGCAAAAGAUAGGGAGAGAAGUGACUUGGUUGAGGAUUUCAAAGAUAAAGAGAGAAGAAUAUUCAAGGACCAAGACUCCAACAUUGCUCGGUUGAAAAAGGAGUAUGAUUACAAGAUCCAAAAUCUACAGGCAAAGAUUGAUGAGAAGAAUGAAGUUGAAGUCAAGUUAUCCCAUAAGUAUGAUCUUUUGAAAGAAGAAAGUCUUGUCAAGGAUGCAAUAAUUCAAAAAUUGAAUGACAAGGUUGUACAAAAAGACAAACAAAUCAAGCAAUUAUGGGAUGAGAUAGAUGUGGAAAAGCAAAAGGCCAUUGACAUGUUGCAAGCCGAAAGGAGUGAGCAGCCAGAAGAGGAGAUAUACCACGAUCCAGAUGUCAAAGUCAGCGACGAAGAGCAGGAGUACUUAAAUCUAAAAUCAAGGCUAGAAGCACUGGACAAGCGUAUAGUGUCCAGACUCGAUGACACCUAA